UCUUCACAUGCAUCCUCUCCUGCUGCGGCCGUGACAUCUGCUGUGGACUGCCGCAUCACCAUCUACGACUCGCCGCCUCGCACACCUCCUGUCAGCGCUACACGAACCAUCACAGCGGAAGGGACAAGUCAGCUCUCGUCACUCACUCCCAGCACCUCGAGUCGCCUUCAUCGCAGCGGGAGACUUAAGCCAUACCUGACACCUCCCCAGGAUGAGUGUACGGGGAAGAAAACGGCAACUCCAGUGCUUUUAGGUCUCCAGUGAAGGUGCUUGCUGAGUGCGAGGCUGUAUCGUGCAGGAUGUCGCAGCGAGCGGCGGUGGUGAGGCGGUUACUGAGUGUGUGGUGCUGCUUCCAGCGAGAUUUUUCUCCGUGGUUGCUGGUGGUGACUGUAGUGAUCUUGGCGGGCGGCGGCCAUGCUCGAGGGGAUAUCCAGGCUUUGAAGGGCGUAGAGCCGCUUCAAGUGCAGGCCGUCCAGCUGAAGGCUAAGGACGAGGAGUAUAUAGAGGGUAAAAAGGAAGAAUGGGUGGAACUGAACGAUGGAGUGAAGGAAGACAGGAAGAAAGAAGAAGAAUUGGAGAAGGUCAGUGACAAGGUGGAGGGGAAAGAUGGAAGGAAGAAGAAUGAGACGGAAGGACAUCGCCAUCACCACCAUCUACAUCAACAACACCAACCACAACAAGACCAGUUCUUCGACCAUCACCAACACCACCACCAACACCACCAACAACAACAACAGCAAGAAGAGACUGCACUGAGAAAACACAAACCCUCUGAACAAAAUAAAACUCUCACACACAAGCACCAGAUUGAGACAGUAAAGCAGCAGGAACAACAUGAGGAGGAGGAGGAGGAGGAGGAAGACAAAGAUGAAUACCACCACCACCAACACCACCACCACCACCACCAACAACAACAACAGCAGCAAGAAGAGACUGCACUGAGAGAAAACAAACCCUCAGGACAAAAUAAAACGUUCAGUCACAAGCACCAGAGUGAGAUAAGAAAGCAGCAGGAACAACACGAGGAGGAGGAGGAGGAGGAGGAGGAGCAGCAACAACAACAGCAGCAGCAGCAACAACAACAACAACAACAACAACAACAACAACAACAAGGCUGGCAACAUUCUGAUCACAAGAGCCACCCGGACCAGUUAGGCAAUUCCCUUAUGUUGAACGAAAACACUCAGCUGGACUUCUUCGGCGUGACCAUCGUGCUCAUGGUGUCUGCCUUGAUGCUCUACUUCGGCUACCUGCUUAUAGGAAUGUCAUCCGAAGGGGAGGAGAGGAAGGGCGGAGAACACGCCCUCUCCUCCCCCAGCCAAGAUACGCCGCCGCCUGGGACUGCCGACACUGCCCCUACCACCCCAACCACCAACGCAGAGGCCCCCCUGCCCCAUCGCGCUGCUCCGACGCACUCCGUCUUAUGGAACACUAUUUGCUGCUCCCGCUGUCCUCCCUUCUACUCCUUAUUUAGCUCCUCCACCUGCUCCUUCUCCUCCCGCUCCUCUUCUUACCUCGCUCACCGGGCAAGGCGGAAUGGAUUUCUUCCCGUGAAGGUAGUACUGACGACACAGGAGAGGAGGCAGAAGGUAAGACAGAGGUGGCGCUUCCUACAGUUCCAGCUGCUUGUAUUCUGACGGAGGAGACCUGGGGAAACCUGAAGAAGAACGAAGACAUGGAUGCGAAGGCGUAGGAGGAGGAAUGCCAAAGAAUACAAAGGAAGACACACAGUAACCCACCUUCAGAUGCUUGCUUAUCUGGCUGGCCGUAUCCUUCACCUACUGCUUAUGGAUGGAGGAGACAUGAUGCCAAAGUGGAGAAGGAGGAGAAGGAGGAAGAGAUGAAGCAGUAGUAGUAGUAAAAGAAAGAGAGUGAGGAGGGAAAUGAGGAAGAAAAGUAGCAAGGGAAUUUUGUCAUGAACGCAAGCGUGUCAGCACAAGAAGGGAAGAAAAUAGAAGAUAUUUUGAGGAAUAGAACUGAACGUUGUGUGUAUUUUUUUCUUCCUUCAAGCGAGUCAAGCUGAGUCAUGCAAUCAUUUAUGUAUCUUGCAAUGAUCAAGAGGAGAGCGAGCGGUGACCAAACCCUCGGAACAAAAAGAUGAAUCAGCGUACAGAAUUAACAGAAAAAAAAAAUGAAUAAAUGAAUAAAGCUAUUAUUGAUGGUAAUUACGAGAAAGAUACUGCAAAGAAAUAGGUAGACAAGUAAACUAAUGUACAAAAUGGAUAUACUUUUAUUGAUGAAGUAUAAUUAAGACUAUGUAUGAUUAGACGAAUGAA